CCGCGGGUCGACGUCUCGCCUCCACCCGUCUACGCCUCGCGCACUCCCCCAUCCCCAGCCGGCCGCCCUGCUCUUCCUUGCGGAGGCGGCAACCGGGGCGCCCGCCAGAGCGAGCGACCCGGCGCGCACCUGCUCCCACUCCCGCCGCGCCACCAGAAAAGUAGCCGUUGCGGCGUCGCGUCGGGCGGGGGUAUCUAUACCCGCGCGGGGCUGCAUGAGGAAGGCUCCCGCCGCGGCCGCGCGGACCCGGUGAGGAGGAGGAGCAGCAGGAGGACGAGGCGACAUGCCGCUGGUCAGGUUCGAGGUGCGGAAUGAGGUGGGGCUUGGGGACCCCGACCUCUACGGCGGCGGCGGAAGCGGCGGAGCCGUCGGAACCGCCGUCGGAACCGGAGCGGCGGGGAAGAGGGGAGCGGCCGCCGCCGCCGGGGAGGAGGAGCCCAAGGCGCUGCUCGAGGGCGUCGCCGUCGCGGGGCUCGUCGGGAUCCUGCGCCAGCUCGGAGAUCUCGCGGAAUUUGCAGCUGAUGUUUUCCAUGACCUACACGAGCAAGUUAUUGCUACAUCUGCUAGGGGGCGUAAGGUGCUAACUCGAGUACAGAACAUUGAAGCAGCACUUCCAUCUCUUGAAAAAGCUGUGAAGAAUCAGAAGAGCCACAUACAUUUUGCCUAUGUUCCGGGCUCUGAUUGGCACACUCAGCUUCAAAAUGAGCAAAAUCACCUGCUAUCCAGUGAUCUGCCUCGUUUUAUGAUGGACUCCUAUGAAGAAUGCCGAGAUCCACCACGGCUUUACCUUCUUGAUAAAUUUGAUAAUGCUGGUGCUGGGGCCUGUUUAAAGAGAUAUUCUGAUCCGUCCUAUUUCAAGAAAGCAUGGGAUAUGAUGAGAGCAGACAAGACUGCUCAUCACCAAAGAGAAAAGAGAUCUCAGAAAAUCAAGAGAAAAGGUUCACGACUAAGGGAGCCAUAUCAUGGACAAGCCACAUCCAGGCAUAGGAGUGGUGAAUUGCAGCGAUCGCUUACUGCUGGCCAACCUGUUAACAGCAGGCAGUUUGCAUCUCCCAGCACCGACGGUCAGAGCUUCUCAGAGCAUAGAUCUACACCUGAUGCAAGAUCUAAUCCUGAGAAUAUAAGCAGAUCUUCUUCUUUUAGUUCAAAGGCACGACUGAGUUCAGUAGAUCAAGCUUUAGAUAUAAAACCUUCCACUGUUCCUCAUGAGAAUGGUCAUGGCAAGUCAUCAAAUACUAAGCUGCAAAAUCCCAGUGAUCUGCCUUUGCGCGUACUACAUAACAGUAACAGUGUGGAUGACACUAGUGAUGAUCUGAAGCAAGGUUCCCUGCUAGGUGAUGUGGUUGCUAGAUCACCUUAUGUUAAAUGGGAUGAAAAGUCUGCAAUUAUCAUGUCUACAAGUUCUGUCUAUUGUGAUGAUGUUGUUAUGGAUAAGGCUGAAGAUGCAGAGCCUACCUGUAUUAGCUCUGUGCAGAAAGAAAUUGUCCAUAAGGGGAUGGAUACUUUGGAACAGCAAGAUGCCUUACUCAAAAAGAAAAAAUCACCAUCAGCCUUGAAUCACCAUGAUGAAAUUCCAGGAGAAGCAGACAACUACAUGGAUGCACUUAAUACACUGGAGUCUGAGACAGAACCUGAACCUGAACUUCAAACUAAAAACCAAGUGAUGCCAUCACCUUCCUCCAAUGCUGAAGCAUCUCAAGUGGGGGCAGUUGAUGAUAUUGUUUCACAGCAUCCUGAUUCCUCUGUUGCUGAUUUUACUGACACAUGUCAAGAUUCUAAUAUUUCUUUCACUUCUGAAAGAGCAGUUGAUUUUCCCCGUUUGUCAAAUGCAGAUUCUCCUGAGAUUUCGCAGCUAGAAUUUUCAGAUUAUACAUCUUUAACUAUGUAUAAAGACUCAUCUGUCAUCACUAAUAUCCAUGAGAGUAACAUGGAGGGUGCUUGUGGAGAUCCUUCUGAGAUUUCAAAGCCAGAACUGCAAGUCCAUGAAGCCAUAUCCCCCAAUGGAAGAUCCCCUAUUUACAAUCAAAUACCCGAGAGUAAGGCAAAAGAUGGUCCUGGAGACUUUCAUGAGAUUCCAGAACCAGAGUUCUCCGCCAAUUUGGCUACUCCUUCCAAUGAAGAGUCUGCUGUUGCCAACCAAAACCUUGAAAGCAAGGUAGAAAAUACUGGUGAUAUUGAUGAUACCACCAAUGAUGUUGUAUCCGGACCUACCAUUUCCAACGUGGUGAUUGGCGAGGAAGCUUUCAAGAUGACACCUGCUGCUAAAGAGUCACCUGGUGAUAUCUCUGAUGACUCAUGGGUUGUUUCUGAAAGUAGCCCUCAGAAUUACCCCAGAAAGAAGCAUGAGGAACUUGGUGAUUGUGGUGUGUCUGAGGUGUCUAACUCAUGGAGUGAGCCUCUUAAUGAACCAUCAGAGAAUAGGUGUGCAACUCAGGAUGUUCCUACAAAUACUAUCACCUCUACUGGUGCAAGUGAAGUGUCUAAUUCACAGUGCGAGCCUCUUAAGGAACCAUUGGAGAACGGACUUGCAACUCAAGGUAUUCCUACAAAUACAUCUACUGCAUCUACUGGGGUACCGCCUGUUAAACUCUGGACAAAUGCUGGGCUCUUUGGGCUUGAACCAUCUAAACCUCCAGUAUUUGGUGCUCAAGAUGCUCCAAGGGAGGAUACUCCACCUGGCCUUAAAGAACUUCAACCAAGCCAUGCAACUGAAUUCACAGAAUUAAAUUGUUCAAAGCCUAUUGAGUCAGCAGUUGUAGAUGUUCCAAAUGGAAACACAUCAAUUACCAGCAGCUUUGUGGGAAAGCUUGUUGGCAUCCGUCCUGGUUCUGCAAACCUCAAUAGCACAGGGGCAAAUCAGUCAGCAGCCAGAAUACCCGAUCAAGUUCAUGGUCAAACAGAUGGGCCCUCAGAUUUUUCCUCAUCCUUUGAGCACAAUAAUAUGAUUGGCAAGCAGGCUUCAAUAAGUGAGCUGCUAGAAUCUGAAGAAAGUGCUGAAAAUGGCACUGAAAUGUACUCAACCAACAUGAGAAAUGACAUGCAUAUGGUGUCUGCGUCAAGCUUUUCAAGUAUUGCACAAAGAUUUCUUGCUAAUACACUUCAAAGAAGAAAUUCUCACCUUCCUAUGUCAUCUGAGAGACCAAAUGCUGAUGCAAGUGUAGAUGAUGAAUCUGCCCUAAAUCCUAUUGUAGAACCAAGUCAAACAGUAUUCAUGGAGAAUUCUCAGUCUGAGAACAAAACAGAAAAUGGAAUGAAUGGAUUGUCCAAAUCAUCAAUGUUCUCUAGCCGUCAAUACUCUGAGAAAUCGUCCCCGCCACUUGAGUAUAUGAAAAUAUCUUUUCACCCUAUGAGUGCAUUUGAGAUGUCAAAACAGAACCUAGAUUUCUGUGAUGGCAAUCUUCAUGAAAACUCUGAUGAUAUGAUGUUACCAACAUUUCAGUUGCUUUCAGAGUCUUCCAUUCCACAGCCAGGCAGUGGUUCUGAGUCGGAAGAUGACACUUUUGGUAGGUCAUAUAGUUAUUCUUCAUAUGAUGAUCUAAGUCCACGUUUAUAUUCAAACUCUGAGGUGUGGGAUCAAGAAGAUGGAGUUGGACUGGAGGAACGCGAGUUGUAUGACGAUUCAAAUCAGAUAGGGUCCUCAACGGCACCUUUAUCUAGCUAUAUGGGAUUUGAGCAAAUGAACUUGUCUGGCGUGAAGUCAACCAUUUCACCUGCAUAUACUGGGGAUCAGAAUGGACUAGGCACAUUAGAAUCCCAUUCUGUUGAAGAACUUCCAAAUUUUGAUACAAUAAUGUCCAGAAACAACGACCAAAAUGAUGAAGCCUCUAUUCCACACAAUCCAGUGAAUUUACCACCAGCUGAAGAUCCGUUGCCACCACCACCUCCUCUUCCCCCAAUGCAGUGGAGGAUGACAAGACAAACAACUUCACUAGAAGAGGAAAGAGGCAUUACAGCUAAAGAUAUGUUUCAAAAAUCCUCAAGCCUACCACAUGUACACACCUCUGCCAAGGAAGGACCUCAUCCUCCGACUGCACUACGGGAUCCACAAGGGCAUGCUAAGGAAGUGGAUGUCCAGAAAACUGAUGGCGUAAAAGAAAUCACUAAUCCCUCUAGUAUCAUUGAUAUCAAAUCAAGUUUGCUUCAGCAAAUCAGGGAUAAGUCGGAGCAGCUGAAGCUUAAUGGACAUGAAAGGUCAAAAGCAGUAGGCAGUGACAUUAAAAGCUUGGAUGAAAGGGAGGAGUUGCUUCAACAAAUCCGGAGCAAGACCUUCAAUUUAAGACGGACAAAUGCAUCUAAGACAGACACUUCAUCACAAUCAACGGCUAAUUCCAACGUUGUAGCAAUUUUGGAGAAGGCAAAUGCUAUCCGACAGGCUGUGGCCAGUGAUGAGGGAGGUGAUGAUGAUAACUGGAGUGACAUAUGACGACCUAACUGCAAAUGUGUAUGGCACUCUUUUUCUGUACAUUCAGCUGUUACAGAUGAAGUGAGAAAAUGUGAAUAACAUCCUUUUCUUCAUUGUAAUUAGAUUUUGUAGGCUGCUUCUGUACCUUUUUUUUUAGUUCAUAUUAGCGUAUUCUCUACCGUAGGCCUCCAUGGUUGUGGAAAUGUUAGAUCAUUUCUACCUGAUGUAAAUCUUUCUUUAUUAUUUAUUUAUGAUAGUGAGAACAACUGAUGAAAAAUAAGCAUACUAAGCCAUCUUUUGUAUCAUUGUAUUGAGAAAAAAAAUCUUUUUUGCAA